AUUCCAGCAAAGAAAAAUCAUCCCGACCAAACCACGUAACCCAAACAUGGCCAUUUCGCAAGCCGGCACCUGAGCCACAACCGGUGCUGUCUUGGAUGCUUCGUAACGGCCUUGAACUACGGGAUACUCACAUACGAUCCUCGGGCGUUUUCACAUGAGUUUAGCGACAUUGGUAAAAGGCUGUAUUUUUCAUGCCUCGUUGCCCUUGAGAUCCCGGCUUCCUCUUCCUAAUUUACUGUUUCGAUGGCAAUUUUCAAAGAACCUGGGCCUCCACGGCCCGAUCCUCGUGUUCAUUCUUCCCGUCUCUCCCCGACCGAGCGUGAGCGGCUCCUAAAGCCAUACCUUCCAGAGCCGCGAAUCAGCUCAGCACGCAGCCGAUCCCGCAAGGCCAGACCCAAACCGAUCCGCACAUUCCUCAAAAACAAGCUCUACUUCCUCAUAUAUUUCCUUAUACACAUAUUUUUCAGUAUCUAUAUCCGUCUGCGACAGAGCUACCAUGCUGUGGUGGACCGGGUGCUGGCGAUUUGCUACUACCACCAUCGCACGCCGGAGUUGAUUCGAAAGGAUGUUAGGGAUCUGGGAAAGUUGCCGGAACAUCUGAGUAUAGUGUUGACCAUGAGAAAGGAUGACGAAGGACUGGAGGUAUUGAUGGACGAGGUUGCCGAGUUGGUCGCCUGGAGCAGCUGCGUUGGUAUCCCGACGCUGAGUGUCUAUGAGAAGACCGGCGUAUUAAAGUCUUACAUCCCCGCCCUCCAUAAGAUUGUCACUGCCAAACUGGCCUCCUACUACGGUCCUGCUCCCCAGCAGCCAACCCUCCGUCUCUUCGCACCCCAUCAUCCGCUCUACAUCCCCCCUCCAGCGUCCACUCACUCUGCUCCUAAGACCAAUCCAGACACUGUAACCGUUCUCCUCCUCUCCUCUACCGACGGCCGCGAAACACUCGUCGACCUCACCAAGACCCUCGCAGAAAUGGCGCAGAACGGCAAGAUCUCACCCCAGGACAUCAGCACGAAGCUGAUCGACGCAGAACUCUCCGAUAUGUUGACCACGCCCACCUCUCCUCCCCCUGAAGGUGCAGAACCCGAGUCCAGCGAUACCGAUGAGACCACCGUGGAAAGGGACCAGCUGUCGAAUGGCCCAGUGAUGAAAGCCGAGCCAGACCUACUACUUAUCUUUGGCCCAUAUGUCAGACUGGAUGGCUAUCCGCCAUGGCAGAUUCGAUUGACGGAGAUAUUUUGCACCGGUGACAAUAGCAGUAGUAUCAUGGGUGAUAGCGGGGAAGCCGUGGAGUACCAGAGGUUUCUGCAGGGUUUGUGGAGGUUUGCAAAGGCUGAGUUCAGAUUUGGACGAUGAGACCCCGUUCGGCAGUUUUGUGUUCGUUUGAUAUAUCCUGCAUAGAUGUCUUUUCUUCGUUGCAAUUGCAUACAGUAUAGCGUUGGCACUCUUCCACCUGUUGAUAAAAUGUCGAUUUUAGGGUCUGUUAAGGAUAUCCAAAGCAAU